UUGCUCUCUGCUGCUCUCUGCUGGCCGGCAGGAGCAUCGUUCAUCCCGUCGUCAUGUUUCUCUGAGCAUCAGGAGCUUUAUUUCUGCUCGCCCCCCCACUCUAACCCACUCAUGAUGAUCACACCUCCGGGUUCCGCGUGAACAUCUUCCAUUGGUGCCUGCUGUGCGCGGGGACCGUGCGCGGGGAUGGGCACGAUCCUGCAGGAGCGAGACGCGCAACAGCAGCCGGAGAGGGUCUCCAUCAGGGACCGGGACUCCAUCAGGGACCGGGACUCCAUCAGGGUCUGGAAGAAGAAGCCUCCGUGGAGCAACAACAACAGGCCUAAUGUGGACAGCAACAGAAUGGGAAGGAGGCAGUCACAAAGGAAACCUGCGCAGCCGCAGAACGAGACUCCAAGUCAGGAGAAUAAUAAUGAGAAGAAGCUGCAGCAAAGACGAAAGCAGAAACCCAACACCCCCUCGACCAAACACGUUACUCCUCAACACCGUGCUCAGGGAACCUCCGAGUCCAAGUCCCAUCCUCUGUCCCCUGCAGAGGACAGGAUGGAGCCUCAGGUGCAGUCGGCUGCUCAGCACUGCAGCCACAGGGAACACAAGCACACGGGUUUCAGAGGCAGCAGACACACACCAGCCUUUCACUGCCACCGUCUGUCUGACUCCAGUCCUGAUCUGCAGGAGACGCCGUCACCGAACCCAGAGGGAGGAAGUCUGAGCGGCCACGGAGAGGGCGACAGCGACACGGACUUGUCUGAGUCAGAGAGACUUCCUGUGUCGCCCUCCGCUCGGGUUCCUCCACAGCUCCAGCUGAGGCCGGAGGUCAUCGAGGCCGAAGAUGGCUCGUCUCUCAGCCACAGGCCCAGAGGACACGGCUGCGCUGGCUUUGACUUCCCAGACUUCCUACCUCCACCUUUCAACUCCUGGAGCCUCAGUCAGCUGGCAGUCUUCUACAACACGGAGGGUCGGGGGGCCCCUCGGCCCAGGCCCGUGGGCCCUUUGGAGAGGUACCUGGACAGGCUGCUGCAGCUGGAGUGGCGCCAGAUUCAGACUCUCCAGGAGGAGGGCGGGAAGUCGGCAGUGUCAGAUGUGAACUCCGGUUGCCACAGGUCACCUGCCGCUGCGUCGUCACGCCUCAGCUCUCCAAAGUGCAUCCUCCAGUGUCAACGUGCCUUCUCCCUCACCUUCCUCUCCUCUCUGGCCAGUCACUCUGCCCUGCUCUCCGGCUGUGCCUGCACUCUCUGCCGUAUCCGCUACUCCACCUGUACCACGUCGUGCUGCCGCUCCACCCGUCAGUCCAGACUGAGUCCCACGCUGGAGCACAGGGGGCCCUCGUCGCUCCCCAAGAGGAGCUACAGCGAGAGCCGGGUGCAUUCCUCAGACAGGAGUUCUGCAUCCCGAGCUCAGAGGUUCGGCAGCCCGCUGAGGACCAACAGCCACCUGAGGAGAAUGCAAGCCUCAGGUAACAUCCGCAACCCGGUUGAAGGUGCUAACGCCAAGCCUCAUCCCACUGCCAGAGACUCCAGCGUCGGGGCCAGGAGGGACCGUCUGGGAGCGUUGGGGGACGUGUUGGACUACAGGACGGGGGGGUUCAGGAGGAGGAGCGGCUCAGAGCAGAGACGAGGUGGAGUCGAAAGACAACAAGGUGCGUCGGUGAAAAGACGAAGUGGUUCUGAGUGUAGGAGAGGAGGAGCGGAGCGGAGGAGAGCAGCUGAGCUCAAGGAACGAGAAAUAAAACCAGAUGCUGUCACUGCAAUAAUGGACAAUUUACCCGCGUCCAAAAACUCUCCAAUAAACAGACCAAACAGACCAAACAGACCAAACAGACACAAACAGGUGGAAUUUGUUACAGCAAGUUGAGUACUGUAAUUCAUAUUUGAUUAUGAAUGUAUAUUUUCAGUCCUUAUUUGAACAGGCUGACUGAAAGUGUAGUAUUUGUUUUCACUCGUGGAUGUUAUGCUUCGGGUCUUUUGUUCUCAGUUGCAUCAUUAUGUUUAAUCCGAUGCUGUGAUAAGCUAAUGCAACAGUGGAUGUUUACAUACUAAUAAUCCUACAUAAAUCCUUUGAGCAGCAUGUGGAUAUUUAUCUAUUUAGUUGAUUUACAUCAACCCAGUAAGCCUUCGUCAGCACAAUUCAUUAUGUAUAUAUUUGUAUGAAGGAGUUUUCAACACAUGCACACGCACACACACACAUACACACACCAGUUUUACUAGUGAUCUGUUUUGGUUUGUCAACAAAAUAAAUGCAUAAUAA